AUGGUCCAUGAAUCAAGAAGAAUUUUGGCAAAUAGAAGUAAAAAAACACCAGCACCAUUAUGGUCUUAUGAAUUUUUUUGUCAAAAUCAUGGUGAUAUGAUGAGUUGUAUAAUUAUGUUUGCAGUAAUUGGUCUAAUGUUUAAUUUAACUAACCCAAUAUCUAGUUUAUUUUUACUUCCACAAUACAAUGAAACAAUUAUUUCAUCAACAAUAACUAAUAAAACAGAAAUUGUAUACUCUACUGGUUUAUAUGAUGUUCCAAAUUUUAUAUUUUACUCGGUUGUUUGGAUCACAAUUCAUGCAUUAAUACAAGAAUAUGUAUUAGAUAAAAUUCAAAGAAAAUAUCAUUUAAGUAGAACAUCAAUGUCAAAAUUUUUUGAAUCAGGACAUUUUUUUAUAUUUUUUGCUUACUCAACAAUUCAUUCAUUUUCAAUAAUUUAUGAAAAUAAUUAUAUUUAUAAUCCAAGUCAAAUGUGGAUAAAUUAUCCUCAAAAUCAUAGAAAAAUUGGAAUUAACAUAAAAAUGUUUUAUUUAUUACAAAUAUCAUACUGGAUUCACCAAUUCCCAUGUUUCUUUUUUCAUAAAGUAAAGAAAGAUGAAAUACCAACUCGUUGUGCUUAUUCAAGUGCUUAUUUAAUAUUAAUUAUAGCAUCAUAUUACAUGAAUUUUACCAAAUGUGCGACUCUUUUAUUGUUUCUUCAAUAUUUUAUAUUAACAUUUUAUCAUUAUGGCAGAAUAUUAUUAUUACUAGGAAAAAAGAAAAGAGCAUGUAUAAUUUUUACCACCUAUAAUACUUUUUUUGUUAUUACAAAAAUUAUAUCAUUUUCAGUAACAAUUUAUACCUUUGGUAAUGGAUUAGAUGCAAAUGAAAAUAAUAAUGACAGGGAAGGUAACUUUAAUACACAAAAAAAAAGGUUUGCCAUAUUAUUAAUUAUGACAAGCAUGCAAAUAUUUCAAAUAAUGAAGUUUUUCAUGAAAUUAAUGUCUAUUUACUCCAUUAAAUAUAAUAUGGAUAAGAGCUUUCAAAAUAAAGAUGAAUAUAAUGAAGAAGGAAAAAGUAAAAAUAAAUAA